GCUGUCUUUCUUCUUUCUUAUAUUCUGCAUGCACACGCCUCCUCUCUCUCUCUCUCUCUCUCUCUCUCUUUCUCUCAGUUUCACCCCUCUCUUCUCUCUCUCUCUCCGGUUACCGUCGUCCAUUCAAAUCUCUCUCCGGUUUCUCUCCGUUCAGAUUCCGACAAUCUUCCGAUCACACUUCAUUAUUCCUCUCCACAACGCGCGAAUGCGAAUCCCAAACCUCACCCCUCGCGGCACCUCCUCCGCUUAAAAAUUAACUUCCGGUGACCGGAACUUCCCCUCGUGAACUUCCGGCGACCGGAGGAACCACUCGAGCUUCGCUCUCCCGCUUAAUUUCGAGUCUGUGUGGAAUUGGAGUUGAAAAUGGAGUCAAGGAGCUGCAUGAACGUGGCGUGCGCCACCUCGACGACGAUUCGGUGGCGCAAAGGCUGGGCCCUGCGAUCCGGCGAAUUCGCCGAUCUCUGCGAUAAGUGCGGUUCUGCUUAUGAGCAAUCAACGUAUUGUGAUAUGUUUCACUCAAAUGAUUCUGGUUGGAGAGAAUGCACAUCAUGUGACAAGCGUCUCCAUUGUGGAUGCAUUGCUUCUAUGUCUCAGCUUGAAUUAUUAGAUACUGGUGGUGUAAGCUGUAUAAGCUGUGCAAGGAAUUCAGGACUGCAACCUAUUGCAAACAAUGAAAAGCCUAAUGGAUCCGGGACAUCAAAAGUACAAAAUGUCAGUACACAGCAGCAGUACACAUCUCUGGCUAACCAAUUAACUGUGAGGGGUAUGCAAGUAGGGCAUUAUGCAGAGAAUGAUGGGCUUCGGUGCUGGUUCAAACCUCAUAAUGUUGAAACAGAUGGGCCUUCUGCAGAAAUGAAACCAGAAAUUUUACCUUCAGUUGGAGAACUUGGAAACACUUUGAUAUCACAAUUUCAUUGUGAGUCUAAUGGAUCAUCUAAGGCUUCCAAAGCAGAGAACUGUAAGGCAGAGACAGAAAUGCGAGAUAUAUAUGAAUCAUUGGCACAGACAAAUUUGAGUAUGACCCUUGCUGCUCCUUUAGGAAAUUCAAAUCCCUUUCAUAGUGCUGUUGUUGAUGAAAGGGAACAAAGUAAAACAUCUCCACUUUUAUUGGGGUCAAGGUCUCGUCAUCUUUUACCUAAGCCCCCAAGGUCAACUAUUGGGACAAGCUUAGAAGCAAAUGCUGGCAUGGUAUCCCAGAUUCGUGUGGCAAGACCACCUGCUGAAGGACGGGGAAGGAAUCAAUUGCUUCCACGUUAUUGGCCUAGGAUUACCGAUCAAGAGUUGCAACAAAUAUCAGGAGAUUCAAAUUCUACGAUUGUGCCACUCUUUGAAAAGAUGCUUAGUGCAAGUGAUGCUGGUCGAAUUGGUCGCUUGGUUUUACCAAAAGCAUGUGCUGAAGCAUAUUUCCCUCCAAUCUCUCAACCAGAGGGCCUUCCUUUACGAAUCCAAGAUGUGAAAGGAAAAGAAUGGAUGUUUCAGUUUAGAUUUUGGCCAAAUAAUAACAGCAGGAUGUAUGUUUUAGAAGGUGUAACCCCCUGCAUUCAGUCUAUGCAAUUGCAAGCUGGAGAUACUGUAACAUUUAGCCGUAUGGACCCUGAGGGGAAACUUAUAAUGGGGUUUAGAAAGGCAACAAAUUCUACUGCAGUACAGGAAACACUACCAUCUAAUAUGCCCAACGGUUCUCAUUCAAGUGAAACUUCCUAUUCUGGUGUUUAUGAGAAUCUACCUAUAUUAAGUGGUUACUCUGGCCUUCUUCAGUCACAAAAGGGAUGUUCAGAAACCCACCUAAAUGCGCUGUCUAAGAAAUGGAACUCAGCUGGUGGUGACAUGAAUUGGCAUAACAUUGACAUGCCUGAAAGCAGAAAAAGAGAUGGGUUGCCGUUGCCACCUGUGAUGGUUCCCGAGAAGAAAAGAACUCGGAAUAUUGGGUCAAAAAGUAAGAGGUUGCUUAUCGAUAGCCAGGAUGCGCUGGAGCUGAAACUUACUUGGGAAGAGGCUCAAGAUUUGCUCCGUCCUCCUCCAACUGUUAAGCCAAGCAUUGUCAUGAUUGAGGAUCAUGUAUUUGAAGAAUAUGAAGAACCUCCUGUCUUUGGAAAGAGGAGUAUAUUCGUAGUUCGAUCAACUGGGGUAAACGAGCAGUGGAUGCAGUGUGAUAGUUGCUCAAAAUGGCGGAAGUUGCCUGUUGAUGCACUUAUUCCCCCAAAGUGGACAUGUGUGGAGAAUUUAUGGGAUCAGAGCAGGUGUUCAUGUGCUGCUCCCAAUGAAUUGAACCCAAGGGAACUGGAUAAUCUUCUGAGGCUGAAUAAAGAAUUCAAGAAACAAAGACUGACAGCAAGCCAGAGACCGGCCCUGGAACGUGAAUCUUCAGGACUGGAUGCUUUGGCAAAUGCAGCAAUACUGGGAGAUGAUGCAAGUGACUCUGGCAGAACACCAGUUGUUACCACCACAAAACAUCCUCGGCAUAGACCUGGGUGCUCUUGCAUUGUCUGUAUCCAGCCACCAAGUGGGAAGGGCAAACACAAACCUACAUGCACCUGCAAUGUGUGCAUGACAGUUAAACGUCGGUUUAAAACCCUGAUGAUGCGAAAGAAGAAGCGGCAAUCCGAACGUGAAGCAGAGAUUGCUCAGAGAAAUCAGUUAUCAUGGCGGACGAAAGAUGAAUCAGAAGUAGAUAGCACCUCUCGCCAUUUAACUCCGGUUGACGGUUUGGAGAAUGAAGUAAGGGUGCAAAAUGAAUUAGAUUCAAGGAGUCCAGACGAUGCGGUGGCUGAAGCUGCCAAGGGACAAUUAGACUUGAAUUGCCAACCUGAUCGAGAAGAUGUGCAAGCUGGGCCGAACAGCUUGAGCAUGACGAGUCUUCUUGAAGAAGCAAAUCUCCCGCUGGAGACCUACCUGAAGCAAAAUGGCCUUACUAGCUUGAUAACAGAGCAGCAAACAAAUUCAGCUUCAAAUGUGCAGGCACAGACAACCAAUGAUAGUGAGGUGAAACACAAUGAGGAUUGCGGAACCGCUUCGGUUAUUCAUGCGCAGGAAAGCAGUCCUGAAGAGAACAGUGGGCAAGAUAAAGAGCAAAACAAUUAACUCAUGAAAUCUUGCCAGUUAUAUUUUCUUUUUUCCUUUUUUUUUUACUCCGAAAUCAUUUUACAAGAAUCCUUGCUUAAGUUAUAAAAUUAUAAGAGGUUCAUUUGUAUGUGUAUAUAUAUUUUCUGUUGUUGUCUGUGUCUUGUGGUUGUGAAAUUUCCCCCCAAAACUCAAUAACAUAUAUACGCCAAAGCUUGUGUUUUAGGGUUGUAAACUAGUGAGGCAAGGAGUUGAAGGAAAGCACCACCUUGCUGUGUUAUAAUACAUCUGGUUUUGUUUCUCUGGUAAGUGUGGUGAGUCUGAAUAAGCAUUGUUUGUCUUGUUUGUUAUAUGGAGAAAGGGAGAGUACACCUAAUUUCGUUUCUUAGUUUGAAAAGCCAUUAUUUGGCUUUGCCGUUUUAAUAGGAAAAUGCUCUUUUGCAUGAAAAGCAUUUCACUGAUGUUGUACGGAAUUAAUGUGACUGGUUGAUGUAUGUAAUAGUUGUGUGAUUUCUUGAAAGCUACUUUUUAUUACUA